GCGAGGCGCACGGGCACAGCGAGAGUUGCUACAAGCUGGGAGGCUACCAGGCCAUCGGCAAAGGUGGACUCGACCUAGAUUUGAAAGCUGCCUACAAGUCUUUUAUGAAGUCAUGUGAGAAAGGUGGGAAGAAAUCAGUAAAUGCGUGUCAUAACGUUGGGCUGUUGGCCCAUGAUGGGAGAGUAAACGAUGACAAACCUGACCCUGUUGUCGCUAGAGACUAUUACACAAAAGCCUGUGAUGGUAAUUUUGCUCCCAGCUGCUUCAACCUCAGUGUAAUAUAUCUCCAAGGAGCACCUGGGGUCCCUAAGGACAUGACCUCUGCUUUGAAGUACUCGCUGAAAGGGUGUGAGCUGGGUCACAUGUGGGCUUGUGCCAAUGCCAGCCGAAUGUACAAACUGGGAGAUGGCGUUGAGAAGAAUGAUACUAAGGCAGAGGAUUUGAAAAACAGAGCAAAACAGUUGCAUAAAGAACAGAAAGAAGCAUCAAGUUCUUUAACGUUUGGGGUGUAAAACUGUCAGUUGCAGUUACUAAGUCUGCAGUUUUAAAUGGCAAGUGAACUUGUUAUUUAAGUCGUGAGCAUAUGGUUUUCAGUCAUAAUAAAUAUCCUGUGAGUAUUUGCACAUGCAAAUAAAUAUAUUUUUGUGGAUUAAAAAAACAUGACCAACUCUGCUGUGCCUUUCUGCAUUUUU